CAUACAUAAUACAUAUCCUCCGAAAUUUCUCAGCUGUGUCUACUUCUCAUUCAUCGUGUAUUCCUUUCCUUCGAUCCCCUUCUCUAUCGUUCUCUUUCCCCAAUGUUGCCAAUUCACAUUGCUUCUCGUCUGAAUCCCUAAGCUGUAAACUGGAUCCACCCCUCCCACAUACCUAGACCUAGUCUUCCCUCUUUUGUGGCAAACGCUAAGCUACAUUACUUUAAUAUCUUUAUUUUCUUUCUUGAGUGUGCGUGUGUGUGACGAUAAUGACGACUGAAAUUCGAUUAUCCCCAAUUCUUUUUUCAACUGUAAAAAACGGCAAAUGAAAACCCAUUUCUCCCUUUCCCAUUCUCCAACCAUCACAAACCCACCACUGCCCUAAAGUUUAAUCCUCUUUGUCCCUACCCCAUCUAGUGAAGCUUCAUCGGAUUCCACAAAUUUUGUUCCGGUUUUCCGUUAUGGACAUGCGAGGGGAUGGGGUUUUCCCGGAUGAGGUGGUUAUUCAGAUUCUAGCAAGGUUGCCUGUGAGGUCCCUUUUCAGGUUCAAAACCGUGUGCAAACUUUGGUAUAAGUUGUCUUUGGAUAAGUAUUUCAUUCAACUCUUCAAUGAGGUGUCUAGGAAGAACCCCAUGAUUCUGGUGGAGAUUUCGGAUUCAGCUGAGUCCAAAUCUAGCUUAAUCUGUGUUGAUAAUUUGAGGGGUGUGUCUGAAUUUUCACUGAAUUUCUUGAAUGAUAGAGUUAAGGUUAGAGCAUCUUGUAAUGGAUUGCUGUGUUGCUCUAGUAUUCCUGACAAGGGUGUCUUCUAUGUUUGCAAUCCAGUCACUCGCGAGUACCGGUUGCUUCCCAAGAGGAGGGAAAGGCCGGUUACUCGAUUUUAUCCGGACGGCGAAGCUACCUUGGUUGGCUUGGCCUGUGAUUCCAUGUAUCAGAAGUUCAAUGUUGUUCUAGCCGGCUACCAUCGCACGUUUGGUCAUAGGCCGGAUGGGAGCUUCAUAUGUUUGGUGUUUGAUUCGGAGUUGAACAAGUGGAGGAAGUUCGUUUCCUUCCAGGAUGACCAUUUUACUCACAUGAAUAAGAACCAAGUUGUUUUUGUCAACAAUGCUCUGCACUGGUUAACUGUUAGCUCUACUUAUAUACUUGUGCUUGAUUUGAGUUGUGACAUUUGGAGGAAGAUGCAAUUACCGUAUGACUUGAUUUAUGGAGCGGGUAAUCGGAUUUAUCUCUUGGACUUUGAUGGCUCCUUGUCUAUUAUUAAAAUUUCAGAAGCAUGGAUGAAUAUAUGGGUGCUAAAAGAUUACUGGAAAGAUGAAUGGUGUAUGGUGGAUAAGGUGAGUCUGAGGUGUAUCAGAGGAAUGGUGCCAGGCAUUUUCCCAAUCAGUCAGACAGGUGAAUAUGUUUUUUUAGCAACUCAUAAGCAGAUUUUGGUGUAUCAUCGCAAGAGUCAAGUUUGGAAAGAAAUGUACUCUGUGAAGUAUAGCUCAACACUCCCAUUAUGGUUUUCUGCUCAUGCAUAUCGCAGCACAAUGUUCUCAUGUAAUUGAGUCAUGGUGACUAUAUCAAAUAACUUUGUACAUAUUUUUCAAGUAUUUUGUUUUCAUUUAAGUCAUUGUUAUAUGCUGAAGAUAUCAUAUGUUUCUGGUACAGUCAUGAUAAAACUAUGAUAUUGGCUUUGCCAUGGAAAUCCUGUUAUACUGCUUCACUGUUGUCUCUCGUAACUGAGGUGUGGCUUCAAUAAAUAGCUUUUGUACAUA